GUUCCGGAAGACCAGCGUCCCGUCAACGAAUAUUUGCACGUUCUGCGGCAGCCCAUGUUUGAUUGGGCCGCCACCGAAUCCGGAACCUCCGGUUUGGCGGUGCGCCUUCUGCUUCUGUACGCGACCGUGUUUGGACUCGUCUGCUAUCCCAUUUCGGGAGCCACCUUUACACAGGAAGGUUACUUAUUGCAGAAAUUGGCGGCGAGUAACGUUGGCGCCCUGUUACUGGUACUGAUCUUGUCGAUUCGGUUGUACGCGGGCUGGGGCUACGUCGGUAGUCGCCUCACGUCCAAAGUCAUCGAAUACGAAGAAACGGGAUGGUACGACGGAGACUUUGAACGCAAAACGGAGGCCGAACUGAAACGCGAUAAAUUUCUCUACAACGACAAGGUCAAACCCGUCGUCGGUCGGGUACGGACCUUUACACUGGGCAUUGCCGGA